UAUGUAGACGAGAUGAUUCAAUGCCGCCUCGUAUCUAACCAAAUGCCAGUUGCAGACAGACUCGCAUAUAACUUCAGCCCCAGACCAUCAUUACAAUGGUUGGUCAAAUCAAAAUGAUCGAGAAGCCCAAGACAGCGUCUUGGGAUCUAAGUAUCAGCGACGCAGACUUCGCCAAGUUCAGACGCGGCAAUGUGAUUCGAGAUCUGGAUGACAAAUGGGCCUUUGUACCAUUGACCCCUCAAGACUUGGCGAAUCAGUUGAUAGGAUAUUUUGGAACUACGGGAGGUGAUUCGAUCGGGGAUUGGGCUGUAGCGGACAACGUCCCAACGAAUGAGCUGCCGACGGAUGAAGAGUCGACGGAUGCAGAGUCGGUGGAUGAAGAGUCAAUGGAUGCAACAUUGACAGACGAAGAAUCGAAGGAUCCUCAGGAUACACAGUUGACGGAUGAAGAGUCGGUGGAUGAAGACCCAGCCCCGGCGCCUCUUGAAGACUGGCAUUUCGAUUCGGAGGACGACGACUCGAACGACGAACCGCCCACACUGGAUCUGCAGCAGCCUGGUUAUAUGUCCAUUGUCCGAGCCUGGACAGGCAUCGAAACUUACAGAUUUUAUGUCAAGCCGAGGGAGGGAGACACCAGUGCCAAAAUCGUAUUCAUCACCUGGGACCCAAACCAGUACCCUGCCAUUAGCUUGGUGGAUGAGGAUGCCGGCCCUGGCACGUCGGAAGAAACUGCCAAAAGGGAGGUCGUCCUUAUGUGUAGGGCAGAGCAUCAUCUUGACUGCGAUCUUGAGGCUGCCCCGGAAUAUGAUAUUGAUUGAGGAAGUUCGCCUUCUUCACUGGGGGUUUUCAAGAAGGGCCGCCCAGGGCUGUUCAAGUGACGCCGACCAACAUACCAGGUUUCAGGGAAGAGUUGGGUUACAUGUUUUGUUUUGUGGAGACUCGUGUUGGUGUACAUCCGGUUUUCAUUAUCUGAUAUGCAAUUGCGUUUAACAUCUAUGCUACCGUCGAAGUUG